AUGUUAUCACAAAUUGGUGAAGAAAAGUGUAAUUCAACAUUAGUCGAUUUGGUGUUAUAUUCGGAAAAUGAUCAAACUAUUAGUGAGAAAACAUUAACAAAUAAUUAUUCCAAUGUAUUAUCCGGAAUAAAACGGAAAUGUUGUAAUGGUGAUGAUGAAAAAUGUUCCGAUUCCGAUUCCGAUUCCGUUGAUGAUGAUGAUUCACCACAAAAAUUACUUCGAACAUUACAAGAAAAAUUUACGUCAUCAAAACGUUUUCAUAAAGUUCUCGUUUUACGUGAUGGAUUCAAUGAUUUCCGUAAUCGUUUUCCGGAUUUAUGUGAAAGUUCUACGAAACGACAAGAAAAUGUGGAGAAAAAUGUAAUGGGUAAUCAUAUUCUAACAAGCAUAUCAAAUCCAUGUCUUUCAACCACUAAUGAUGGUCCAACUCAAAUUCUUCCAUUCCUUUAUCUUGGUUCACAACAAGAUGCAAUGGAUUCUAGCUUAUUAUCGAAAUAUGGUAUCAAAUAUGUGAUAAAUCUUAGUGUAAAUUGCCCUGAACCAGAUAUACUAAAACAAGAAGGUCAUUUUAUGCGGAUACCAAUUAGUGAUACUUAUCAAGCGAAAUUAUUACCACAUUUUGAAGAUGCUUUCAAAUUUCUUGAUAAGGUAUGUGAACGUGGUUCUGUAGCAUUAGUACAUUGUCUUGCUGGUAUUUCUCGAAGUCCAACAUUGGCUAUCGCAUAUAUGAUGAGACGAAAUAAUUGGACAUCUGAACAAGCAUAUAGGUAUGUGAAGGAACGUAGACCAUCCAUUUCACCGAAUUUCAAUUUCAUGGGUCAAUUAUUGGAAUAUGAGGCACGAUUACGAGAGAAAAAUAAUUUAAACUUAUCGUCUAAAUCCAGCGAACAUGACGAAGAAUGUCGAAAUGACAACAAUACUACCGUUUCGACAUCUUUCUUCACAUUGUCCUCUGUUUCAAAAUCCAACUUACCUGGUGAUAUACGUCCAGUUCAGGAAUGUGAUAACACCGAAAAUAUUUCAAAAUUGGGGAAAUCGAUCAGUUGUGAUACAUUAUCUCAAAGGAUAUCAUCAUAUAAACCACAAAAUUUUUGGGAUAACGAUUGCAGUCGGCCAUCUUCAAAGACUAACGAGAAUGGUAAGCGUGUAAUGGAAUCAACAUGUCAACAUUUAUUGGAUCGACCAAGAGUUUUGGAUGGAUUAAAAUCUAGGAAAGCUUUAAGCAUACCAGAAAAAGUAAAUGAGGAUUUACCAUCACCAUCAACAGAACUACAAAAAUUAUCAUUUACACAUUCAUCGGAUAUAUCUAAUUCUGCAUCAAAUCCACUCUUUCUGAGUACUAAUCAUAUGGAUGAAUCUAAUUCCAUAUGUAUAAAUUCUACAAUACUAUCAACAUCACAAAUUGAUCAUUAUUCAGCUGAAAAUUUCACAUUUAACUCAUGUGAUCAUUUAUCAAUUCCAUCGACAUCAUUAUCAUCACCAUCACCAUCAUCAUCAUCAUCAUUCAGUACCUAUAAUCGAAAUAGGAAUCAUCGAAUAACAAUGGGUCAUAAAUUUUUAACACGUAUUAGUCAUUAUCUUCGAAAAGGAACAACUUAUCAAAUGAAACAUACUAGAAGUAUUACAAUUGGUGGUAAUAUUGCUAAAGAUAAUAUUAUUGGAUGUAGAUCAAUUCUACCAUCAUCAAUUCCUACUUAUUCUUCGUCAUUAUUAAUUAAUAACAAAUGUGAUGCAUCAUCAUCAUCAUCAUCAUCAUCAUCAAAUGCUUCAAUUGAUGAUAUGUUACGAUCGAAUAGUGUUAAUUCUUUGGAUAAGACUGAUAAACAUGCAACAGCUUCAACAGCAUCACGUACACUUCAAACGUUACGUAGACGACGAAUGUUAGAGCAACAACAACAACAACAACAGCAAGAUCAUUCUCAAUUUAUCAAUGUUACAGAAAGUAAUGAUAAUGGUGAUAGUAAUGCUAAUGCUAAUACUACAGAAUCAAUUCUCGAAUCAUCACGAACAUUUCGUGAAACUGAUCGUGAUUCUAUUAGUUCUGCAAGUUCUUUAGAAAUAUUAGUUCAAUAG